UUAGGGUAUGUUCUUCCCCUCCCCCCAGCCAUGCCGGUGACAGUGACCCGCACCACCGUCACGACCACCAUGUCCUCUUCAGGCCUGGGCUCCCCUACCAUCGUGGGGUCCCCUCGGGCCCUGACGCAGCCUCUGGGUCUCCUCCGCCUGCUGCAGCUGCUGUCUACCUGCGUGGCCUUCUCAUUGGUGGCCAGUGUGGGUGCUUGGACAGGGCCCAUGGGCAACUGGUCCAUGUUCACCUGGUGCUUCUGCUUCUCCGUGACCCUGAUCAUCCUCAUCGUGGAGCUAGGAGGCCUCCAGGCCCGCUUCCCCCUGUCCUGGCGCAACUUCCCCAUCACCUACGCCUGCUAUGCCGCCCUCUUCUGCCUCUCGUCUUCGAUCAUCUACCCCACCACCUACGUCCAGUUCCUGUCACACGGCCGCUCCCGGGACCAUGCCAUCGCCGCCACCGCCUUCUCGUGCAUUGCCUUCGUGGCUUAUGCCACCGAGGUGGCCUGGACCCGGGCAAGGCCCGGUGAGAUCACUGGCUAUAUGGCCACGGUGCCAGGCUUGCUCAAGGUGCUGGAGACCUUCGUGGCCUGCAUCAUCUUCGCCUUCAUCAGUGACCCCGGUUUGUACCAGUCCAAACCGGCCCUGGAGUGGUGUGUGGCUGUCUACGCCAUCUGCUUCAUCCUGGCUGCCGUGGCGAUCCUGCUGAACCUGGGCGAGUGCACCAACAUGCUGCCCAUCCCGUUCCCCACCUUCCUGUCCGGGCUGGCUCUGCUCUCUGUGCUCAUGUAUGCCACCGCCCUGGUCCUCUGGCCCCUCUACCAGUUCGACGAGAAGUACGGCGGUGACCCCUGGCGGUCCAGGGAUGUGUCCUGUGGCAAAAGCCACACCCACUACGUGUGCAGCUGGGACCGCCGCCUGGCCGUGGCCAUCCUCACCGCCAUCAACCUGCUGGCUUAUGUGGCUGACCUGGUGCACUCGGCCCACCUGGUGUUUGUCAGGGUCUGAGGCGAGGCUCUGGGCUUGCCCCCUCUGGCGCCAUUCUUCCGAGCUGGCGUCCCUGAGUUGGCGUCCCCUUCCUGUCUCCCGUCUGUUGCUUUCCUGAAGCCUCUGCUGGUUCUCUUCACUUCUCCCUCCUCUCUGUAGUUCUCUCCUUACCUUCCUGUUUUGCGCGGCCAGGCCAGGUUGGCCUGCGGCCUGUUACUCUCUCCCUCCCACUUCUCUUCUACCAGUUCUGCUUUUUGUCUCCUGGUGGGUCUUAGUUGUUUUCUCCUCUGCCAGUUUGCUGACCGCCUCCUCUGAUUCUGAUACUCUCCUCCUCGACCCCUGACACUACUUUUUUCUCUCCCUCCACCCCCACCUCCAAAGGUGCUGAGCUCCACAACACACCCCCCCCUUUUCAGCUGUUCAUGCCCAGGGCCUCCCAGGGGGCCUCAUUGCCAAAGCAUGCCUGCCCGCCCUGUGGCUGUGCCUUAGUUAGUGUGUAUGCGUGUGUGUUUGGGGGGUGGGGGUAGGGAGUUAUGGAUCGGGCGCCCUUUCUCCCACGGGAGGGGUGCACAGUGCACCUCCCUUUAAGUUAAAGUCAAACAGUCUCUGGAGGGCCAUCAUUUCCAGUGGGCGGGAGGCUUCAAGCACAGACCCUGGGUCCCUAGGCCCCUCCUGCCGGCAGCCAUUAGAUCCAGAAUUUUUGCCUGGCUUACAAAAGCCCACUGAAUAGAGGCCAUUUUAAAAGGUGUAGUGGGGAUGGCCUUCAUCCCAACCACUCUCCAGAGUAUGGGAAAAGUGUGGAGCUGUCUUGAAGACAAUGGCCCCAAGUAUUUGGAGGGGCUGUGGGAUGGCCCCGCAGCCUGUUUGUUAAAGUAGCUUGUUUCCCCUCGGGGGGGACAAGAAAAUGACCCCUGCCGGCCUUAGAGGCAAUGUUGGCCCUAAGGCCGAGAGGUGUUUGUGUUUUUGUUUUGUUUUUUCUUUGUCUUGAACUCAAAGGCAAACAUGACAGUGGCCCUAUUAAGGGAAAAUUUCUCAAAAAAUUUUUGUUGUGGGGGGAACUGUUGCUAUCAUAGUCACAACUGCACUGCGAGAGUGGAUGGUGCACACACGUGUUUCUGUGAGCUAGCUGCUUCCUGCUGCUGCCUGCUUCCCUGGGACUCACGCAUAAUGUGAUAUAUAUAUAAAUGUAUAAAUAUAUUUUAUUUUUUUUUAAUUCCGUGGAGCUUCUGGAGCAGCUCAUGUUGUCAAUCAAAGGGAGGCCUUAUCCCCUCUCCCGCUUCCACAUUCAAAAUGUUUGGUAUUGUUGUUGUUUUUUUUUUUACCUCAAUAUAAAGAUUAAAGAAAAACUGCUUGCUUUGUUACUGGGAAGGGCUCCAAAUAGAAAUUUCUGGGUCUGGUUGGAGGAGGGAAUUGAGGCAGGCCUGCAUAACUCUAGCUUCAUCAGACAACAGCUGAGUUUGGAUCUCGAGUUUGCCUCUCAAGCCAGGAAUGCUGGUUAGGACAGAAAGGAAGACAUCUCCUUCCACAGAGUCCUGGAGUGCCUCAGAUAAUCAGUGUCCAGUGGAGUGCAGCAUCUCUAAAAUCAAUCCCCUUCUCAGGGAU